AGUUUGCUUUGCCUCUCAAGGGAUCCAAAAAGGGCGGCUGUUAGCGGCGGACCGGCGGCUUGGGCCCUGCAAAGCCAUGGCCAGCUUUGCAUCAAAGCGCCUUGCGCAGGAACGUGCAGCGUUCAAGAAGGAUCACCCCUUUGGAUUCUACGCGAAGUAUGCGCCCAACGAAGACGGCAAGGGACAGAACGUCUUCAAGUGGAAUUGUGGUAUUCCAGGAAGAGCGAAGGGCCCUUGGGAGGGCGCCACAUAUGCUCUCACCAUGGAGUUCACAGAGGACUAUCCCAGCAAACCGCCGAAGUGCAAAUUCGCACACGUACAUGGCAAGCCGCUAUUCCAUCCAAACGUGUAUCCUUCGGGGACCGUUUGCCUCAGUAUCCUCAACGAAGAUGAGGAUUGGAAGCCUGCGAUUACGAUUCGUCAGAUCCUUUUGGGAAUCCAGGAUCUUCUCGACAAUCCCAAUGCUGCUUCACCAGCGCAGGAGGAACCUUAUCGAAUGUUCUCCACGGACAAGACCGAGUAUUUGAGGCGAGUGAAAAAGCAGGUUUCGGAGGUGGCCUUGGGCGCGCAGAACGUGUGAGAGGUGCCGAAGAGAGGCAGACUUGACACCCUUUUGUGACAAAAAGAGAAUCGACUGUGUUCUUUUUUGGCUUUUGCAUUUGCUCUUUUUCGGGACAUUCACAAACAGUCGAUUCUCUUUUUGCGCCAGUGCUUGGAGUUGGUGUCGGUCGGGGUCAGUCAGACGCAAGAAAGAAAGACACAAGGGAAAGGGAAGGAAAGGAAAGAAACGAUAAAAAUGAAAAGAAUAGAACAAAAGAAAAAACAUGAAAAGAACAGAGAGAACAGAAAGAAAGAACGGAAGAUAAGAAGAACAGAAGGGAAAAACGAGCAGAAGACAAAAGAAAAGAAAAGACAUAACAAAACAACAUAAAUAAACGAGAUAAAGAGAGAACGGAAGCAAUUAAGGACAUAAAGAACAGACAAGAGAACAAACUAAUAUGAAUGAAAAGAACAUACAGAACGAACAAACAAGGAGAGAAAGAAAGAACGGAACAAAAAGGACAAACAGAAACGACAACAACAGAAACGACAUGCAAUGAAAAGAACAGACAGAAAGCCGUCUAGGCCCAAGCCGUGCGGCUGAAGGUGUCGGGCCACCUAGGGGUGCUUGCUAUCCUCUCGGAUAGGUGCAUCGUCCAUCAAGUUGGACCUCCAAAGAUCCAGCAGCUCGGUCUUUGUGAAGAGUGCUUUUCUGGUGACGUUGAGUGCUCGAUUGACAUCAUGAUGCCCCGAUUGGUUGAGAUGAUCAGAGCCAAAAUUGAGGUUCCCUGGAAGCAUACUCUUGAAGAGUUAUUCACUUCCUUCAGUUGUGCCGGCACUUUUGUUCGCAUAGCUGGGAAGGUGCUUCUCCAGGGAGUGGUAUGUGACACUUGGGAUCUACAGUGUGGAUGCGACUGAAAGCCUUUUCUCCGGGGAAGGGCUUUUCUGUGUUGAUUGAUGAUGUUUGGGAGAUCUCCGUGGAAGAUCUGGACCGACGCGAUUUGCGAUGUCAACAAGGAGACACCCUUUCUAUCUUUGGGAUGGUGGUUGAGAAAGGUUCGAAUUGUUUGGCCAUGCCAAGAGACUCCAUUGUCUUGGUAGUUCCGACUUGGGAUACGCAUGAACCGAUCACUGCUGUUCAUAUGUUCUUGGGCUCCUUUUGUGGAUGGUCGCAGGCUUUGGAGAUUGGGAGGAAGGAGGAUUUCCAACCUGUAGGCCAACAAUACUUCAUCGAUAGUGGCCCGCGAACGAUGCAAAACUGGAGUCACCAAUUCGUUCAACAG